UUUCAGAUGUAUUGAAUUUGUUGGAGCUGUACGUGAAACGAAUUUACCUUCCCUUUCCCGACGCUAGGGGCAAAUGCCAGCUGUGGUAAAAAACAGUGAUCGAUUACGUAAAUUGGCUAUCGGUCUUGGAAUUGCACUAUGUGGAUCAGCUAUUGGUGUUUUAUAUGACCAGGAACGAUUUUUCCACCUUGGACCUUUUCGUGUCGUUCGUGCUGGUGUCACGGUAUUUUGUGUUAUAGCCGAUUAUAAAUGGACCAUGUGGACUUGUUCGGGUACUGAUACAUUGUAUCAUCAAAAAUUGAGUGCAGCACAUGUUAGAAAUGCUAAGAAACUGCUUAAAUUAGCUGAGAACAAUGGUGGUGUCUAUAUUAAAGUCGGACAACAUUUGGCUUCUCUAGAAUAUCUUCUUCCGGUUGAGUACACGGAUACUUUAUGUGUUUUGCAUUCAAGAGCACCCGAGAGUAGGAUGGAUGAAGUGCGACAAGUUCUAGAGGAAGAUCUGAAUGUCAAGCUCGAAGACAUAUUCGUGGAAUUUAAUGAAAGUCCCAAAGGUUCUGCAUCGCUUGCACAAGUGUAUCGAGCAGUUUUAAAGGAAAACAAUGAAGAAGUUGCUGUGAAAGUACAACAUAUCCAUGUAAAACCAAGGAGUUGGGCUGAUAUCAAGACGAUUGAGGGCUUAACUAGGUUGGCAUCAAAGCUUUUCCCCGAUUUUCAUUUUAUUUGGUUGGUGGACGAAAUGAAACGAAAUUUGCCUAGGGAAUUGGAUUUUAGGGUUGAAGCGGCAAAUGCGAAAAAAUUGAAGGAAAUGUUUUCACACCUCGACUAUCUUAAGAUUCCAAAAAUAUACGAUGAAUAUACGACGGAACGUGUUCUCAUUAUGGAAUAUUGUGAUGGUGCCCAAAUAAAUGACUGCAGUUAUUUUACGCAGAACAAUAUAAAUCGCUAUGAUGUUUGUCGUAAACUGGGUGCACUAUUUAGUGAAAUGAUCUUUAUUAAUGGUUAUGUUCACUGCGAUCCACAUCCUGGCAAUGUUUUGGUGAACAAAGCAAAAGAUGGGCGUGUUUCGAUCGUUCUUUUGGAUCAUGGACUUUAUUUGACAAUGGAAUCUGAUUUCCGGAUAAAAUAUUCGAAGUUAUGGCUAGCAUUAUUAGAACCCGAUUUAAAUGAAGUUAAGAAAUGUGCACAGUCGAUGGGUGUAGGUGAGCUUUAUGGUCUUUUUGCCUGCAUGGUAACAAGUAGAUCAUGGGAUGCAAUUAACCGCGGAAUCGACAAAUCAACUGCUACAUAUCAGGAACAGCGAGAAAUCAAAUCAUAUGCUGCCACGCUGAUACCCGAGAUUUCACAAGUUUUGGAACGGAUGCCACGUUCAAUGCUAUUAAUUUUGAAAACGAAUGAUCUGUUACGAAGUAUAGAAUAUCGAUUGGGGACACAAGGACGGGCUGAUACUUUUGUCCAGAUGGCUCGUUGCUGUGUUCGAUCAAUUUAUCAACGUUCUGCUGAGAAGACGAAUUCAUUGCUGAUAAAAAUUUGCGUUUAUGUGCGCAUGUACAUUACACUAUUCAAAAUAACCGCUUUUGAAUAUUAUUUAAUGUUCAUGAAUCCAUUUUAUGCCAAGUCCAUUGAAUAGUUUGUAUCAAUAUGAAUAAUUUCUGUCUAACUUCGCAGGGAUUUAGGAUUUUCUACUUUUGUGUUGUUCUCUCGCUUAUACUGUAUUGUUUGUUUCAUAUCUCUAUCUUUGCAGACCUCGUUCAUAUGGAUGAAUACAUGCUUCUACACUGGUUAUCCAAUUUUGUUGGUACUUUAGUGACUUAUGGUAAGAUGUACAGUGUCUUUUAUUUGCCUUACACUUUGAUGUGUUGGAAG